CAGACGAGGAAGAAGCAUCUUCGGUUUGCUCGUUCGCCCAUCCAUGACUGGGGUUUGUACGCAAUGGAGAAGAUUUCCAAGGGGGAGAUGGUGAUUGAGUAUGUUGGAGAGGUUAUUCGGGCGCAGGUCGCUGAGAAGCGGGAGAAGACGUAUGAGCGCCAGGGUAUCGGAAGCAGUUACCUCUUCCGUAUUGAUGAGGAUUUGGUGGUGGAUGCAACGAAGAAAGGGAAUCUUGGUCGACUUAUCAACCAUUCUUGUGAUCCCAAUUGCACCGCUAAGAUCAUUACGAUUAGUGGGGAAAAGAAAAUUGUCAUUUACGCAAAACAGGAUAUAGAGUUGGGCGACGAAAUUACUUAUGAUUAUCAUUUCCCAUUCGAGCAAGACAAAAUUCUAUGUCUCUGCGGCUCUGUCAAGUGCCGCGGCUUCCUGAACUAG